AUGUGCGUCAAGAAGUUCUGGGCUACACCUGCGACCACUGCAGUCCUUCCAACAUCGUCAAAUGCCCAACAACUCCAAAACGAGAAUUUUCCUCCCUGUUCCAUCAUGGCCGAACAGCCGGUCUUUGCCAAUCAGUUCUGUCACGGCUGCAUGCGGGUAAGUUGGAAUAUGCAGGUUAUAGCUGAGGAGAAUGCUCAUAGGGAAAGACAUGAGCGUGGAGAAUGUAGCUGUGAGGUUAUUUUUGAUAGGGCGGAGAGGGAACGUAGAGAGAAGGAGAGAGACUUGAGACAAGAGGGUAGGGAGAGAGUUAGGAGGGAGAACGGAGGGAGGGAGGUUCAGAAGGAAAGGGAGAGAGGGGUAAGGGCUUUGAGGGAGGAUGGUGAGGAAUUGGAGACUAGGGAGUUGAGGAGGGAGGUUGAGAGGAGUGAGAGUAGAAGAGACGGGAAUGCACGGGUUGGAACGAACGGUAGAGGAAGAGGCCGGGAUACUGUAACAGAAAAGGUCAACAAUAUGAACAACGGCGAAGGACGAAAUGGAAGAAUGGAAGAAAGCCGCGACGAUACGGGCAUGAUGCGAGGAUCCCAUGGUGACUUCACAAUGGGCGCUGCUUCAUCAGAAUAUUCCGAUCCCCGCCCUAGUGAUCCCGCCUCCUUGCACCAAUAUUUUCACGUUGCUAACCAAAUGGGCAACAUUGGACACGGCUACAUGAACCUCAUGACAGGCGUCACAGACGGAAUACCCAUUUCAAACCCACCACUUAUGACAGAUUUAUCCCCAAUGCACGGAAACAUGAUGAUUAUUCCUCCUUCUCCAAGAAUGAACAACAUGGGUUCUCCAAGCUAUCAAAGUCCUGCUAUGGCACCUUCUAAUUACAGCGAUGGCAAUAAUAGUAGCGCCACUCGCGGUAACCAGUAUUCUUGGGGUGCCAAUUCCGAGCCCAACGCACUCGCUGGUAACAUGGAUCAUCGAUCAUACAAUCAAACAGUUCAAACAAGAAUUCAGUAUCCGACUACCCCAGAAUUUGCAGAACCAAUACCCUAUCCACAGCACCAAAACAUCGAUUUCAACGCUCAGCGAAACGCCUAUAACUAUGUAGGUUACCGUAUGGACCGACCCAAUGGCAUUACCAAUGGCUCUCCCCAAGCCCGCGCUCAAGGUCCUGGCUCCGUCUCAAUGACCGAUCAUCAAACAAUGGGAACUUUCAUCCGUGCACCUACAUUCUCACCACUUCCAGGUGGAGCACCCGGUGCAGGAAUGGCAAGCAACUUCUCAAGGCCAGGCUCGAAUGCCUUCUGA